AAUUGUGGCUACAAAACCAUUAUAAAUAGAGGCAAUAGAGAGGCCUGAACAAACACAGCUAAAGAUCCAAAACAAGUACUUUUUUUUGUUAGGAAGGAAUAUAACAAUAUGGGAGAUGAAGUGAAGCUUUAUGGUGCUAGGGGAAGCCCUUUCAGUGACAGAGUCAAUGUGGCUCUGAAACUCAAAGGUGUUGAAUACAAAUACUAUGAAGAAGAUUUGAAGAACAAGAGUGGUUCUCUCCUCAAAUACAACCCAAUUCACAAGAAGGUCCCUGCCUUUGUCCACAAUGAAAAGCCCUUAGCAGAGUCACUUGUCAUUCUUGAAUACAUCGACGAGACAUGGAACACUCAUCCCAUCUUGCCUCAACACCCCUACGAAAGAGCUCAAGCCCGAUUUUGGAGUCGUUUCAUUGAUGACAAGGUCGUGCCGACUGCAUGGAAAGCAUUUUGGGUAAAGGAGGAGCAGAAAAAGGCAUUAGAAGAAGCAACUGAGUAUCUGGAGUUUCUAGAAAAAGAGCUGAAAGGCAAGUACUUUGGAGGAGAAAGCAUUGGGAUGGUGGACAUAGCAGGAAACUUCAUAGCCCAAUGGAUUCCAGCCAUACAAGAGCUUGUGGGAGUAGAGAUAUUGACAGAGGAAAAGUUUCCCAAGCUCUGUAAAUGGAGCCAUGAUUUUGCCACUCACCCUGUGAUUAAAGAAGCAUCACCUUCUAAAGAAGAACUCAUUGCUCUCUUCAAGCCUCGUUUGAACCCCGCCAACUGAAAACUGAUUUUGUUUAGUUAUAUAUCUUAUCAUGUUAUCAUAAUAUAUAAUAUACUGGAUGUUGUUAUUGUACUUGUGAAGUCAUUACUAGUAUGUUUUAUAAUAAAGAUCUUCAAUGUAUUCCACAGUUUAUUGAGAAUGGCAUAGUUUUUUAUUUGAAUAA